GAGUGAAGAGGAUUAGUUUUACACGCGCUGUCAUCUUUCACUGAAGUUAUAAUGAUAUCCCGGGACGAAAUACUCAAACCCAUAUGGUACGCCUUUACUGCUCUGGAUGUAGACCGAAACGGGAAAGUAUCCAAAUCCCAGUUAAAGGUGCUGUCUCACAACCUGUGCACCAUACUGAAAGUCCCUCAUAACAUUUCAGCCUUGGAGGAGCACUUUAAAGAUGAUGAUGAAGGACCAGUGUCAACACAAGGGUACAUGCCCUACCUGAACAAGUUCAUACUUAAUAAGAUCCAGCCCAACUUUGACUUCAUGGAGCUGAAUAAGAUGUGCUGGACUCUGUCUGCAUCAAAACACAUCAGCAACAAGAAUCUGCUCAUCUCAGAAAGUGAUGCCUUCAAGGUGUGGUGUAUCUUCAACUUCCUGUCUGAAGAUAAAUAUCCACUGCACAUUGUCACAGAUGAGCUUGAGUACUUCCUGCGCAAGCUGUUUGCAGCAAUGGGUUGCAGUUGGAACGAGGGCAGAUUUGAAGACUACAAAAUGCAGCUCAGCGCAAAGAAAUGUCACCUGAAUGUGUGGGAACUGAUUGAGCUUAUUGGCAUAGGCCAUUUCACCAAGGGCAUAGACCCUCAGACUCUCUCCAUGGGCAUCAAUGAGGUCUGUCAGGAAAUUGUUCUGGAUGUUAUUAAGCAGGGCUAUAUGAUGAAAAAAGGCCAUAAAAGGAAGAACUGGACAGAGCGAUGGUUUAAGCUCCAUCUCAACUACAUAUCCUAUUAUGUGAGUGAAGACCUAACAGAGCAGAAGGGAUGUAUUUCGCUUGAUCGCAACUGCUGUGUCGAGUCCUUACCAGACAAGGAUGGAAGGAAAAACCUCUUCAUUAUAAGAUGUGUUGAGAAAAGUUUUGAGAUCAGUGCAUCGGAUAAAAAGACAAAACAGGAGUGGAUUCACGCCAUCCAGGACUGCAUUGUCCGCAUAAGGCAAGGCCUUUCCUCCGCACACCGAGAAUCCAGGCAGAAACGCAGGGAGCUGAGAAACAGGAUGAAAGCUGAACAGGAGAUCAUGGAGAAGAGAAUGAGACAGCUGCAGUUGGCCAACGAGAGCAAACAGGCCCAGCUGGAGGCCAUGAGUAAGGACCUACAGGACACAUCAAUCCGGGGUGAUCUGGAGGAACAGAGAAGACUUCAGGCCCAAACAGAAUUACUGGACCGAUGCAGACAAGACCUGGAGCAGGAGAAAAUGGCUCGAAUGCAGAUGGAGGAGCAGGUGGUUGAAAAGUCCAGUGAAGUGGAGCAGUACUGGCAGCGUAUGCAGGAACUGGAAGACAUGUACCGUCAGCUGAAACAGGCACUAGACGAUGAGAAGCAGGCCAAAGAGGAUGAAGAAAUCUUGCGCAAACUGCAGGCCAGGCUGUUACAAGAGGAGGCAAGCAAGAGGACAGAAUUAGAGCAGAUUCACCAGCAGCAGAAAGAGGUCUUAUCCCAGUCCCAGAAAGAGAAAAAAGAGCUGGAAAAAGAGAAGGUAGAGAGGGAACGUGCCCUGCAGGCUGCACUGGAGCAGCUGGAGAGCCUUAGACAAAAGAGACAGGGGGCGCAAGAUGAAUACAAGGCCGUUACGAAGAAACUGGAACGUGCAAGUAACAAGACAAAGACUUGGAAACACAAGGUCUCUAAACAUGAGGGCCUACUUCGAACCGUUCAACCAGGUGACCGAUCACCCGGUAAAAUGACCAACUGGGGACAGGCAGCGUUCACCGAAACAGAGCUGGAUCAGAUGGAGAAAAUUUGGCAGGAGAACAAGAAUAGAGAAUGGGAUGGAGAGUAACACCUAAUACAUCAAUUUCCUUUAUUUGUAUAUUUAUUUUUUUAUUUGCCAGGCAGUCCUCAUCCUGAUCUUAUGUUACUGGUUAAAUCUGUUGUUACUGAAUUUUUUUUUAUUUAUUC